AUGUCCACCGCCGCUCGCCGACGACUAAUGCGCGAUUUCCGCAAGCUUCAGAAUGAUCCUCCGUCAGGUGUGUCGGGUGCCCCCAUGGACAACAACAUUAUGCUUUGGCAAGCUGUUAUUUUUGGACCAGAUGACACACCAUGGGAAGGAGGUACCUUUAAUCUGACGCUUGAAUUCAGUGAGGAUUAUCCAAACAAGGCGCCAACUGUCAAGUUUAUCACAAAAAUGUUCCAUCCCAACAUUUAUAACGAUGGUCAAAUCUGUCUGGACAUUUUACAGAACCAGUGGUCGCCAAUAUACGACAUUUCGGCCAUCUUGACGUCUAUUCAGUCGUUGCUGUGCGACCCGAACCCAAAUUCACCGGCGAACUCAGAAGCUGCACGCCUAUUUCAGGAGAACAGACGGGAAUACAAUCGUCGCGUGCGUGAGAUCGUCGAGCAAAGUUGGCAGGCGAUUGCAUGA